AUGGAACAGAUGCUAGAAAAUUUUUUCAGCGAAAGUUAUGAAGACGUGUUUAGUUCUGAAACAUCGCCGUCCGUACACUCGAUUGAAAGUCCGGAAUUCUUGGCCUCCACCCCACUUUAUGAGGGCGUAGGUGUAGAUUUAUUCUCGAAAUACAUGGUGGAAUUCGAGGGUCCCAAAGACCCGUUCAAUUUGGCAGUGCCUGAACAAAUCUUUGUUCCUCCUUCAAAGGGCGAAGAUCACGUGACAGUGCCAUUAGCGUUAACACCGUUUGGGUCUUUAGAGACCCAAGAAAAUGAUACCCUCAUUGCUCAGAAUACGGAGCAUUGGUGGACGACACAGGAAUUCUCUCCGGCCUCCGAGGAAUCUACUGUGUCACAACAACGCCAACAGAAUCGACAACAUCAAGAUCAGCAAGAGCUCGAAAACCGAUAUCAACCACCACCACCACCAGUCGAAACAACUACAACGUCUGAUCAACAAGAAAACCAACAGGAAAUUUACGCAAUGCGCGAAGUAAUAAUUCCGACUCCCGCACAAGAACCCGAACAACAACUAAUAUUCAUGGAACCCGAAAAUCAGAAUCAAAAACAGUUGGAAUACGGGCGGCAAAAAAAACGAAAAGCUUCUGCUGAUAUAAGCAAUUCAAACGAUCAUCCCGAAGCAGAAGAUGAUGAAAGAAAGUUAAAUAAACGUGCAAGACAAUUGGAAAAUAAUCGUGCAGCCGCAAAAAAGUCACGUCAAAAGAAGAAAAGCGCAUUAGAAAAACUCAACGCGCGAUGUGAAGAGCUCCAGAUAUUAAAUGAUUUGCACAGACAAAACUUGGAAGAAGUCUACAAAGAAUUCUUUAACCUCCGAAGUCAAAUUAUGUAUGCUAAUACUCCAAAAAAACCCCGUGGUAGAAAAAGAAAUAUUUCAAUUGAUUCAUCCAUAGGACAAACAGAAUCAGGAACAGUUGAAGAUCCAACACUACUUCAAAAUAGCAAUAAUGUCAACUUCAUUGUAUCUAAUGCUCCAAAAUCUAGUAAUGUCAUGAAUCGAAUCCCGGCUUUCGAUAAUGGUCAAUUUGACCCUACGCAAAUCACUUAUAACAAUCCUUUUAUCUGUGCAUCUACUUCUAAUAAUAAAAAUCUCUCAAGUGCAUCCAUGGUUGACAUUACAACAGUAAACACUACUUCAAAAGAGAAUGAACAAUCAAUAUACAGCUCAAAUCAUCACAUACCGUCAGCAACAUCAAGGAGAGCGUCAUAUGCUGCUGCUGAUGUCUGUUCUCUUCCUUAUCAAACAACAAUAAAUUCAUCAGAUAAUUCAUCAUCAACAAUUAACAAUAAUUUAUAUGCAGCACCUGCCUCCGCACAAAAUAAUCAAUUGAAUGCUAUUUCAACCGUACAAGCAUCGUUAACCAGAAAUUUCACUAUGCCGCCUCAACAAACAAUGAUUGCACAGCAAGAGUUGUCAUCAUCCCCUCAGGCGAAUAAUCCUCAAAUGAACACUAAUAUUCCCUCAAUUAAUGAUAAUUUUAUGAUUAACUCGGAUGUUCAAAAUUUGCCGAUGCCGAAUUCCACUAAUUUACGUGGACUCGAUUAA